AUGAAGUGGUUUUUGUUGAUAACCCACCUGUCUGUGGCCUUUGCUGAAGCUGGUCGGAGGAAGCCCCUUGUUUCACCAGAUGAAUUCCCCUCUGCCAUUCGGCUGAAGGACCUCCUGAAAGGGACCCAACAGCUUGAGGAUUUCGCUUAUGCGUAUCCCGAGCGUAACCGUGUCUUUGGCAGUGCAGCACACAAUGAUACUGUUGACUACAUCUAUCGCGAGUUGAAGAAGACUGGCUACUAUCAUGUGUGGAAACAGCCACAAGUGCACACAUGGACUACUGCAAAGACCUCCCUGACGUUCGAUGGCGAGUCCAUCGAGGCGACCGCCAUGACAUACAGCCCCAGCGCUGAUGUUACUGCGGAGAUGGCAGUGGUCUCGAACCUCGGAUGCAGUGCAUCAGACUACCCGAGUGAGGUGGCUGGUGGAAUUGCCCUAGUCCAGCGUGGAGAAUGUACUUUCGGAGAAAAGUCGGUUCUGGCUGCUGCGGCCAAGGCGUCUGCAGUGAUUAUCUAUAACAACGAGGCAGGGCCUGUUAGUGGAACGCUGGGUGGAGUGACCAAUGAACUCGGCCCUUAUGCAGCCAUUGCUGGAAUCUCUGAUGUCGAUGGGAAGACCCUACUCGAUGCAGCAGCGAAGGGUGCUGUCACUCUGUCUGUUUCGAUAGACAGCAGAGUCGAGAAUCGCACCACAUUCAACGUGAUUGCCGAGACAAAGGGCGGUGAUCACAAUAACGUCGUCUCACUCGGAGGUCACACCGACUCAGUCGAUGCCGGUCCCGGUAUCAACGAUGAUGGCUCUGGUGUUAUCAGCAACCUCGUGGUCGCAAAAGCGUUGACGCGAUUCUCUGUCAAAAAUGCCGUGAGGUUCUUCUUCUGGACGGCGGAGGAGUUCGGCCUGUUGGGUAGCGAGUACUACACCUCGCACCUGAAUGCUGAUGAGCUAGCGAAAAUCAGGCUUUACCUCAACUUCGAUAUGAUUGCCUCACCCAAUUACGCACUCAUGAUCUAUGAUGGCGACGGAGAUGCCUUCAACCAGACUGGACCGGCGGGUUCUGCUGAGAUCGAGGCUUUGUUUGAAGACUAUUACAAAUCCAAGAAGCUACCGUAUAUCCCAACCGAAUUCAAUGGCCGCUCCGACUACGAUGGUUUCAUCUCGCGUGGGAUUCCCGCCGGUGGCAUUUUCACUGGUGCUGAAGGCGCCAAGACCGAAGAAGAGGCGAAACUGUUCGGAGGCGAAGCAGGUGUAGCCUACGAUGUGAAUUAUCAUGCUGCCGGGGAUGACUUCAAGAAUCUCAACCACGAGGCAUUCCUGAUUAAUUCAAAGGCUACUGCUUACGCUGUUGCAAAAUACGCCAACAGCCUUGCUUCGAUCCCCCGACACAGUGCAACACCCACCAAGCGGGUGGUCAAGAAAAGAGCACCUCGGUCGCAUGCGCACACUAAGAACACUGGAUGUUUCCAUUCUCUGGUCGAGAUUUAA